AUGCUCACAGAGCCCAACCACACGGGGAAUGCGGCCGACGCACCCAAGCUCCGGGCAGCGUGCGAGAACUGCCGCCAAUCCAAAGUAAAGUGCAACCUGUCCGGCAAGAACACCUGCAUCCGGUGUCUCCGGCACGGGCUGCACUGCCGGUACCGGGUGGCCAACCGGUCCGGCAAGCCCAAGGGGAGCAAGAACCGCGCGACGCUGCGCAAGCUGGGCCAGCUGCAGGAGGAGAAACUGCUCAGCGCGGACGAUCUGGACAAGGCGUUCCCGGCUAUCGGGCCAGCGCGGUACCCGGGGGAUCACCACCACCAUCAUCAUCAUCAUCAUCACCGGUGGUCUCGGCCGGCGCAACAACCACCGCCGCCGCCGUCGUCAUCAUCGCCUGACCGACGGGGCUCAUCUGCCAGUAGCAUCCUGCAAGCGCCGACCUACGAAGCAAGCAGUCACUCGGAGAGUCCCGACAGCCAGAGCCACGAGGCCACAAUGCUGCUGACCUCACCCGUAGAGUACGGGUCGCCGUUCGGGGACGGGCUCCCGACGGGAGGAGGGAGAGAGGAAGGGCUGUGCGAGCCCCCAACAUCAAUGUCGCCCACAUUCCUGCAAAAAGAGUUCAUCACGAAGGGGUUGACAAGCUGCCCACUGGCGGUACACGUGCCGAGCGUACCGACAUUCCCGCCAGCCUGCGACUGCGACGAAGCGCUCCAGAUCCAGAUGGCGCAUCUGCGGCACAUGGCAGUCGACACGGCGCAGCUGCGGUUCGACCGGAGCUUGCAGGCGCUGCGGGCGGCGCUGGUCGUGUGUCAGGGUUUCUUGCAGUGCGGGCAGUGUCAUAAGGAUAGUGGCAAUCUGCUGCUGGCGGUGUCGACGCUGGAUGUGGCCGCGCAAUUGUUCAGUUACUGGGUGUCGUUUGAGUAUGGCGCGUCGACGACGCCGGAGGCGAUGGGGGGAGGAGGAGGGGACGGGUCGGUGGUGUCGUAUGGCGAGUACGAGACGAGUCCAGAUGAGGCGAGGCGGGUGAGACGGGUGUUGCUUUGUGGGCGGCUGGCGCAGUGUCAGGAGGCGCUGGGGCAGGCGAAAGAUGCCGUUGAGAUGGGGAUGAGGACCGGGGGGAUGGAGAUUGGGGAGGGGAGUUGGUUGUUGCAGACGGUUCGGGGGCAUGAGGCGUUGAUAGCUGAUCACCAAGAACAGAAAAAAACGAAAAUGGCAGCCCGACUCUCCCAAAUCUCCUCCCACCUCAACUUCCCCUCCGGCCUCCUCGCCAACCAGGUAGCCAUCAUCACCGGCGCCGGCCAGGGCAUUGGAGCCGAGACGGCGAGAUUGUUUGCUAAUGAGGGAGCCAAGGUGGUUGUUGCUGAUAUUGAUCAUGACAAGGCAAACGCAGUAGCCAACGCCAUCAACGCCGCAUCCCCCAACCGCGCUCUAGCCGUGCCAGGCGACGUGCUCAACGACGCAUACAUCGGCGAGCUCGUCAAGAAGGCAGCCGACUUUGGGGGCGGCAAGAUCCACAUUAUUGUGAAUAACGCGGGGUUUACGUGGGAUGGGGUUAUUCACAAGAUGACAGACAAACAAUGGGACACAAUGCUCGCCAUCCACGGCACAGCGCCCUUCAAGCUCGUCCGCGCGGCUGCUCCCUACUUCCGCGUGAAAGACAAGGAGCCGCGGGUGAUUAUCAAUAUCAGUUCCACCUCUGGGAUUCAUGGCAAUGCAGGCCAAGCAAACUACGCCCUCGCCAAAGCCGGCGUCGUCGGCCUAACCCGCACAAUCGCCAAAGAAUGGGGCCCCGCCUUCGGCGUCCGCUCCAACACCAUCGCCUUUGGCUUCGUGCAGACCCGUCUCACAGCCGCCAAGGAAGCCGGCGCAUUCAUCACCACCCCCGACGGGACGAAAGUCGCGCUCGGCAUUCCGGGGAAGCAGCUUGAUUCCCGCCGUGGGGCCCAGCAGGAGGCGAAGACGCCGGCGUAUCCGGAUAUUCCGCUCGGAAGGCCGGCGAGUCCCGAGGAGGCGGCGAGGUCGGUGUUGGGGGUUGCUAGUCCUUUGUUUAGUUAUGUUAGUGGGGAGACGAUUCGGGUUACGGGGGGGAGGAAUAUGUAG